CCCUAGAGUCUGCGCUCUCCUUCCUCCCCUCCUCCCUCAUCCCCUCGCGCCGACCCCCAGCAGUGCUCAAGCAUCCCUUGGCGGGCGGGGUUCUCCCGAACCGAGUUUUCGCCCCCCUCAGCUCAUUCGCUAAAUAUGGCUUUCCAUGUGCGUGCGCCGCCGCUCCUGCGCUCGGGACCGGGAGCAGGGGCCCUCGUGCCUGCACUCAUUGCUGCGCUCGUGGGGGUCGCAGCAGCUCGCCGGGCAGCACUCGGCGACAGCACGGAGGACCUCUCGCUCGUGGCCGACGCCGGCGUGCGCGAGAAGGUCGGCAGGCUCUGCGAUGUGGACGUGGCCCUGCGCGGCUGCCGCGCCAUGGGCGCCACCGGCGGCUUCGGCACCACCGCGGAGCUCGCGGACACCCUCGCGGUCGAGCCAGAGGACGCCGCCGGCCUGCUCGCCGAGCUCGGCCUCGGGGCCACCUUCGGCUGCCAGGAGCUCUGCGAGGCCGCGGUGGCGUCGAUUCCUACCAUCCUCAACGCGGGCAUCCCGAGCGCAAAGGGCGCUGGCUGCGUCGACAGGGACUGCCUUGCGGACCCCGUGGACGUCUCGGAGGAGGUGCUCAUGCGGUCCGACCUCGUGACCAUGCCAGAGCCGCCGGAGGGCAACGAUACAGUCUCAGCGGUCGCCGAGGGCCUCCCGCAGGCCCCCGUCUACCCCGGCGAGGGCCCCGGCAUGAUGCUGCGGGUGGUGCUGAACGUGCUCUUCGGCGUCUUCCCCGCCCCCGACGAGGCGGACGACGAGGUGCCCGAGGGCGGCACGCCCGGCGCGCUGCUGCAGAGCGACGGCGGCCUCGACCCCAAGUUCGGCCCACAGUUCCCCCGACACCCGCGCCUGCCUGGGGUGCGUCUCGAUGCGAUCCAUCCGAUUCGAGUCGAAUCGGCGUUUCGUUGUCGGCUGCUCGGGGGCCGC